GGUGCACACUGUCUUACAACAGCUACCACAGUCCUAGCACUAUCUCACCAGGAGUCAGCUAUGAAUUAUCAUCAGCAGGUUGAAGAAAUUGUGUCCACUGCCAAAUUCGGGGACUUGAUUGAAUUUUCCUACCCCAUUGGAUAUUCACACUGGGGGGUGUAUGAUGGAGAUGGACAUGUACUCCAUUUUGCUGUUGCAGAUGAGGGUCAACUGAUGACCAGUGUACGUACUUACCUGCAAUCAAUCUUGCCUGUAUGUGGGGACCUUCUUCUUGGGGAGACCCGGAUCCGCAGAGUGCCUCUCGGUGAGGUGAACGUCCCAAAAGGAGCCCACGUCUUGAUCAGUAACAACCGCCAUGCCUUCACGCCAUCUGCACCUGAGGACAUGAAGUUACGGAGUAACACCCUUCUUAAUCGGGACUUCCCGUAUGAUCUUUUCGGCCUCAACUGUGAGCAUUUUGCCACUUUUGUACGCUACGGAAAAGCUGUGUGCAACCAG